GGGAAUCCUUGUCCCUGGACCGACGCGAAGAAUCGAGUAAGAGGUUAUUGUGGCUUUUGCGACUGCUGUGAUGCGAAUCCGCCUGACAGUGAGAUAGUGCUGGAGAGAAUAUUUGGGAUGGGCGGCGUGAAGGAAAAGGACCACACCGGACGCUCAGUUCAUCAAGCAGGAGGAGCUAGUUCGAGUAUGACGUUGACCAAGGAUC